AUGGGUACUCUCUCUAUCGUGCUGCAGAUUUUUGCUAUUCUUCAACCCAUCAUCGCUGUAAAAAGGGGACCCCUAGUUAAUCUCGAAAAACAGGAAGGAGGGGAUAUAGCACAACUUCGAGAUCUUUACGGUGAGGAUGAAAUUCGAAACGCACUCCCACCGGAUUCCCCACUUAAGUGGAACACAACGCGAGAUGAGAUGGGAAAUCAUGUUGCAUUGAUUCCUUACACAAUAGAAGGCUCCUAUACUUCCGACGAGAGGAAAAUGAUUAGCGAUGCGAUGAGAAUGAUUGAAAAGAACACUUGCGUACUAUUCAAAAGACGGAGCGGUGAAAGAGAUUAUCUCGAAAUUCGAAGCGAUGGGGAAGGAUGUUAUGCUCACGUAGGUCGUAAUAAUGGAAGAAGUGUUUUGAAUUUAGAGGCAAGCGAAAGAGCGAAUUGUAUGGAGAUGGGGACAGUUUUUCAUGAAUUACUGCACACCAUCGGUUUAUGGCAUGAACACACGCGUGAGGAUAGAGAUGAAUACGUCAAACUACAUGAAGAGAACAUUGUGGAAGGUAAGAACUUCAAUUUUGCAAAAAGUGGAUUGCCCUACGCUGACACCUACGGAGUGCCUUACGACUACCUGUCUGUCAUGCAUUAUAGCCAGGAUGCAUUCGCGAAACCAGGAACAAUCACUAUGGAAACAUUAGAUCCCGAUUAUCAGGAUAUCAUUGGAAUAGCAAGACGUCCUUCGAAGAACGAUUACGAGAAGAUCUGCCACAUAUACAAGUGCACCUACUGCAAUGGUAAAAGGAUGAAGACCUAA